GCCAGUCAACCCCCAUAGGUAUUGGCGGAACGGCCGUCGCUCUUCCUGGUGGGGCGUGGCCUCCGUCUACUUCCUCCCGGGAGGCGGGGCUCGAGUUCCGCGUCGUCGCGCCGAGCUGACUCUGGGAGGCGUUUGGGCCCAGGGAAGUGGUUCGGCCGCUGGUGCCGCAUGGAGUCCGAAUCGGAAAGCGGGGCCGCCGCUGACACCCCCCCACUGGAGACCCUAAGCUUCCAUGGUGAUGAAGAGAUUAUCGAGGUGGUAGAGCUGGACCCCGGUCCGCCGGACCCGGAUGAUCUGGCCCAGGAGAUGGAAGAUGUGGACUUUGAGGAAGAGGAAGAAGAGGAAGAGGGCCACGAGGAGGGCUGGGUUCUGGAACCCCAGGAAGGGGUGGUCGGCAGCAUGGAGGGCCCCGACGACAGUGAGGUCACCUUUGCAUUGCACUCAGCAUCUGUGUUUUGUGUGAGUCUGGACCCCAAGACCAACACCUUGGCCGUGACGGGGGGUGAAGACGACAAAGCCUUCGUGUGGAGGCUCAGCGACGGGGAGCUGCUCUUUGAGUGUGCAGGCCAUAAAGACUCUGUGACUUGUGCUGGUUUCAGCCACGACUCCACCCUAGUGGCCACAGGGGACAUGAGUGGCCUCUUGAAAGUGUGGCAGGUGGACACCAAGGAGGAAGUCUGGUCCUUUGAAGCAGGAGACCUGGAGUGGAUGGAGUGGCACCCUCGGGCACCUGUCCUGUUGGCGGGCACGGCUGAUGGCAACACCUGGAUGUGGAAGGUCCCGAAUGGCGACUGCAAGACCUUCCAGGGCCCCAACUGCCCAGCCACCUGUGGCCGCAUCCUUCCCGAUGGGAAGAGAGCUGUGGUAGGCUAUGAAGACGGCACCAUCAGGAUUUGGGACCUGAAGCAGGGAAACCCCAUCCAUGUACUGAAAGGGACUGAGGGUCACCAGGGUCCUCUGACCUGUGUGGCCACCAACCAGGACGGCAGCCUGAUCCUCACUGGCUCUGUGGACUGCCAGGCCAAGCUGGUCAGUGCCACCACCGGCAAGGUGGUGGGUGUUUUCCGACCCGAGACCGUGGCCUCCCAGCCCAACCUGGGAGAGGGGGAGGAGAGCGAGUCCAACUCGGUGGAGUCCUUGGGCUUCUGCAGUGUGAUGCCUCUGGCAGCUGUUGGCUACCUGGACGGGACCCUGGCCAUCUAUGACCUGUCCACGCAGACUCUCAGGCACCAGUGUCAGCACCAGUCGGGCAUUGUGCAGCUGCUGUGGGAGGCGGGCACCGCCGUGGUUUACACCUGUAGCCUGGACGGCAUUGUGCGCCUCUGGGACGCCCGGACCGGCCGUCUGCUCACUGACUACCGGGGCCACACGGCCGAGAUCCUGGACUUUGCCCUCAGCAAAGAUGCCUCCCUGGUGGUGACCACGUCAGGAGACCACAAGGCGAAAGUAUUUUGUGUCCAGAGACCUGACCGCUAGUGGCUGCGCCUCUGCCUUUGCGUCUGGUGUUGAGGGGGAUGAGCGGAGCCCCCACCAGCAGCAGAGGCGGCGGGUACAGGAAGAGAAGGGGAGGGGCCUCGGACUACUUUCCAACCCCUUCAACUCACUGCCCCCUCCCUCCUGUUCUCUUUAGAGACCCAGCCCUCGGCCCCUUCCCCCCCUCGCCCAGACCUGGCAGGCCCAUCUGAGGGAGGGCCAGACCUGUCUUUCUCUUUCACUUUCAUUUGCUGGUGUGAGCCAUGGGGGUGUGUAUUUGUAUGUGUGGAGUAGGUAUUUGAGGUUCCCGUUCUUUCCCUUCCCAGGUCUCGGGGGGUGGAAAGGAGGAAGAGAUACUAGUUACAGAUUUUAAAAAUGUAAAUAAAAUAUACUUCCCAGAGA